CGUGUCGGGCCGACGCUCGUUUCCUCGCUCGGUGCUCGGCCUCCGCUGGCAACCGGCGACCCCUCCGCAGCUCGAGUCCCCGGCCGCCGCAGCGCGCCUACCCCCGACCCCCUGUCCCGCGAAGAUGGCUGCCGUACGCCGGGCCCGCAGUUACUGCCGCUGCGUGGUGCGCUUCUCCGACCGAGAACUCUGCUAAGCCCCGCUGCAGCAGACGGACAGGAGUAGACACCCGGCAGCCGCCACCCCUCUGGGAGCCGGGCGCGGGGAGCCCCUCGAUUGGGCCGGCCGCCCGCCAGCAUGGCAGAAGCGGAGGAAGAUUGUCAUUCUGAUGCCGUCAGCGUGGGUGAUGAUGAAAAUGAGAGCCCUGCAGAGAGAGACCUGCAGGCACAGCUCCAGAUGUUCAGAGCUCAGUGGAUGUUUGAACUUACCCCAGGCAUAGGUUCUAGUAAUUUAGAAACUCGGCCUUGCAGAGCAGGAAGAGGCUCCAUACUGAAAGCAGCUGCAGAUACCAAAGGAAGGCAGGAACUGGCAAAGGAAGAGAAGGCUCGAGAACUCUUCCUGAAAGCAGUAGAAGAAGAACAAAACGGAGCUCUCUAUGAAGCCAUCAAGUUCUACCGUAGAGCUAUGCAACUUGUACCUGAUAUUGAGUUCAAGAUUACUUAUACCCGGUCUCCAGAUGGUGAUGGCGUUGGAAACAGCUACAUGGAAGACAGCGAUGAUGGCAGCAAGAUGGCAGAUCUCUUGUCAUACUUCCAGCAGCAGCUCACAUUCCAGGAGUCUGUGCUCAGACUGUGUCAGCCUGAGCUGGAGACCAGUCAGACUCACAUAUCAGUCCUGCCUAUGGAGGUCCUGAUGUACAUCUUCCGAUGGGUGGUUUCAAGUGACUUGGAUCUCAGAUCGUUAGAGCAGUUGUCACUGGUGUGCAGAGGAUUCUAUAUCUGUGCCAGAGACCCUGAAAUAUGGCGUCUGGCUUGCUUGAAAGUGUGGGGUAGAGGCUGUAUGAAACUCGUCCCGUACUCAUCCUGGAGAGAGAUGUUUUUAGAACGGCCUCGUGUUCGCUUUGAUGGCGUGUACAUCAGUAAAACCACAUAUAUCCGCCAGGGAGAGCAGUCUCUGGAUGGUUUCUAUAGAGCCUGGCACCAAGUGGAAUACUACAGGUACAUAAGAUUCUUUCCUGAUGGCCAUGUGAUGAUGUUGACAACCCCCGAGGAACCUCAGUCCAUUGUUCCCCGUUUAAGAACUAGGAACACCAGAACGGAUGCAAUUUUGCUGGGUCAUUAUCGCUUGUCACAAGAUGCAGACAAUCAGACCAAAGUAUUUGCUGUACUAACUAAGAAAAAAGAAGACAAACCACUUGACUAUAAGUACAGAUAUUUUCGUCGUGUUCCUGUACAAGAAGCAGAUCACAGUUUUCACGUGGGGCUGCAGCUGUGUUCCAGUGGCCACCAGAGGUUCAACAAACUCAUCUGGAUCCACCACUCUUGUCAUGUUACAUACAAAUCAACUGGUGAGACUGCAGUCAGUGCUUUUGAGAUUGACAAGAUGUACACCCCUUUGUUCUUCGCCAGAGUGAGGAGCUACACCGCGUUCUCUGAAAGGCCCCUGUGAGCCUCGCCAGCAUGCCGCUGCUGCAUGAGCAGAGCCGCGCUCCAGAACCCCUAAGUUAUAUGUACAUACAUGGAGUUGGAACUAUUUUAAGUUGUUGGAAUUCCUUUAAGAAGAGCAUAAAUUAUUUUUUUUAUUUAAAGGGUAGUUGAUUCCUGGGGUAAUUUGUUUUGAAAUUAGAAGUUGUUAAGUACAUUUAUGUUGUAGUAAACUGUAAUGUGGGGUUUUAAAUCAUGUUUUCAAGCAGGUUUCUGAGCAGAUCUGCCAUGUACACCCGCACCCUCGCAUACGUCAGGGCGCACACUGGAUAGUACUUAUUCCCGCAUGACCUGUGUCCUUGAAUCAGACUCAGAACGUGAAACCUGGUCUGGAUUUGUUUGAAACUGUUCAAUAAAGAUCACAAAUGUUUCUUUCAAGA